GUAAUAUCGAGUGGAGUCACGUGACCCAGGUGUGACAGGGCUCUACGAACACCGCUAUUUAGGAGGGCGUUUACUUGCCGUACCCUGCAACACCCGUAAGACCAGUGGUAGAAGUAGGAGGUUCACGGGUACCGGGUCGUGUACUGUUGACAGAGAGUUACCUACAUUCGCGAAGAUUAAACUCCCAACGCCAAGAUGAGUUCCAUGCCGACGUUGAAGCCAAGACAUGUUGUGUUAGUGAAACAACCGGGUGUGGUCUGCUUUGGAUUCAAUAUAACUGCUACAAGAUCCGAGCCGUACCGCUACACUGGUAUCGUGGUGGACAACUCACUGGCCAAGCAGGCCGGUCUGAGAAGCGGGGACAGAGUGCAUGAAAUCAAUGGAGUAAGUGUGGACGGACUACCGCUACCAGAUGUCCAGGCCAUGGUGGCGCAGGUCAAGGGCCGGGUGGAGCUGCUUGUGGCAGACCCCAUGACAGACCAGCUGUACCGUGACAACAACGAAGCGAUAAGAGGAGGGCUACCCGAAACAAUCUACAUCCAGGUUCCCCCCGAUGAACACCCAGGAUUCACAGACCAACCGCAAUUAACCAAUGGUUCAAGUGAGAUAGAGGCUGAAGUUGUGGAUGCCGAUACGUUCCUCGGGGACGAUGGGGACAUACCUCCCCCUAUUACGGGGUAUCAGUCGAACGGAGUCAACCAUUCAGAGCCGAGUCCCUUCAAGGCCCGACUGUGCACCAUCAAGAAGUGGCCUGACUACCAGGGUUUCGGCUUCGUCCUGCAUGGCGACAAGGACGAACCCGGGCAGAACAUCGGCAAGGUGGAGAGUGGUUCCCCUGCCGAGGCGGCGGGUUUGCGACAGGGAGACCGCGUGGUGGAGGUGAAUGGCGUCAAUGUUGAGGGCGAGUUCCAGCAGCAGGUAGUGGGCAGGAUCGCCAAUGGUCCGACUCCUGGCCAGGCUACCGUAUUGGUGGUCGACCCCGACGCACUCCGCUUCUUCCGAGGCCAUAGCGUGUCAGUGCAUGGCUCGAUGGUGGACAUAGACCGGAUCGAGACACCCCCAAGGGCGCUGGUGCCAGCGACAACUGGAACUGCGAAAGUGAGAUUAUGUCAUGUGAAGAAGUGGCCAGAUUUCACUGGGUACGGCUUCAUCCUGCAUGGGGAGAGGGGCGUCCCGGGCACUUUCAUCACCAACAUUGAUGCGGGGUCGCCAGCAGACGCAGCCGGAUUGCGGGACGGCGACAAAAUCAUCGAGAUCAACGGUGUCAACGUUGAGGGCGAGGAGCAGCCAGGCGCCAUCAGAUACAUCCAGAUUGGAGUGGACGGCAACGUCAAUGAGACAAGGCUCCUGGUGGUGGAUCCUGAGGCGGAGCGCUACUUCAGGAGACAAAACAUCCAGAUCUCUGGCUCCAUGGCGGAUGUUGUUUAUUCAACCAACCCGGACAGGGAAAUCCCUUUUCCAGCCCCUGUUCCAGCCCCUAUGAUACAAUCCCAGUCCGCAAACAACAAUAGUGGAUACAGGGCCCGCCUGUGUCACCUCAAGAAAUGGCAAACGUUUGACGGAUACGGCUUCUAUCUCCAGUCAGAGGAGGGAGUCAAGGGCAUCUUCAUCGGGAAGGUCGACCCCGACUCCCCUGCCGAGGCUGCGGGACUGCGUCGAAACGACCGGAUUAUCGAGGUGAACGGCGCCAAUGUGGAGAAUGACACUCAGAACGAGCUUGUGGAAAAGGUUGUGGCUGUUCCCCAGGAAACAAGGAUGUUAGUCGUCGACAGGGAAACGUACGACCACUUUCUAGAAUGCGGUGUCCUCGUAAACGGCAACAUGACCGAUGUGGAUAUCAUUGAAGCGCCUGACACAUAAAUUGUUGGCGAGGGAACUUCAUGAAAGAACAGGUGCGUGCCAAACUCCUGUACGCGCAGUACCGUUGCAGCUGAAAUCAAAGACGUUCAUUUCCCCGAAAGUGAUCCUGUGUUUAAGGAGCCAGUGCGUGUAUAUAGACAACUCCAUCGCCUACAUGUGUAUUGGUUAUGACAUAGACGUUAUGCCGCCUAUAUGUGUAUUGGUUAUAACGAAUACGUUAUACCGCCUACAUCGUAUGUUACCACAUUUAUGUUAACCAAGCAUUUUUCAAUUAUUUCUGCUUUUGUAGUUAGCUUCACGAAAUCGCGACGAGAAACAGUGUAUCUAAGGGAUGGCGUCAUGAACUCUCAAAGAUAGACUUACCAAUAGACAGAGAACAUUUUACAUGUAAUGCAGACCAACCCAGUUAGUUUUCUUUGAUAAUUAUUCUUGUACAUAUACGUCUGUGGUCUGCAUAAUGUAAAAGGAAGCGAAAGUAGAUUCGGAAUUGGUAUCUUUCGUUUUACAAAGCCUAGGUCUGUCUUGUAAUCUAUGUCUAGCUGGAUCCCAGGCAAAGGGGUGUGUGCUGCUGACGCAUCUGUAUGAAUAUGUGGAUCAAGUAAAUACGCGGUAGAUACACGGAAGACACACUGCGAUGUUUACAGAGAAUUACGUGUGACAGGAAGACAUAUUUAAUUAAGGAGGCAUAUGUAAAUGCCUCCUUACAUACACCCUGCUGCACUGAACAAUGCAAUACAUUUGGCCCCUAACCUGUAUGUUCCCCUCCAUGUAACAGGUGUUUGCCCUACUUGAUAUUACGUCAUUGUAAAAUAUGUAUGCUCCUCACAAAAAUCAUGUCUUUAUACACUAAUAUGUUAAUUUGAACAGAUAUUAUAUUUUUACUAAAUAAAUCGUAUAUAAUUAAA